AUUUUUUUUUAUAACUUUUAAGUUCUAACAAAGCGACAAUACAUAGUACGUGAAUAUUUUUUUACUAUUUUUAACCUUGUCAAAUAAUGUAGUCAAUUAAAUAACCUAAUAGUAAAUUCUAUGAGCUGCCAGUGCUAUACUGCUAUACCAAUGUCAGAAUCGGGUGCAUAGUACAUCAUGACAUUGUAUCAUUUAUUUAUGUCCUAGGAUACUAGGGUAGUAUUAAAUAUUAAUCUAUUCUGUAUUAUAGAUAUGUCAGCAUCACGGCUACUUAGCAACAUGGUGAUACGCAUAUUCUCCCACUUUAACCGUAUAUUGAGUUUUCUGCCACUCAUUGGUCGCUUAUAUCAAAGCAUGAUAAGUAUUGCAUAUAAUAUAUAUGAUACAUAAGUUACAAGAAUACAAGAUUAAAAUUCAUUAGAAUGCAAUCCUACCUAUAUAUUUUAUUUAAAUUAUUAUUGUUGGAUCUUGGAUAGUUGGAUGAUGGUAUAUAGAAUAGCGUUGUUCUAUGAUGAAACUCGGAUGAUUGAACAAAUAAGAAAGCAGGAUAAUUUAACGACUGGCUGGAUUGCUUAGAAAACAUUUUGAUAACUAUUCCCUCGAUUUCUUAUCACUAAAAAAUAAUAAACAUUUAACGACUUAACAGCCAUUUAUUUCAGUACUUACAUUAUUAAUUUGGGGCUUCUGCUGUAAUAUAUCUAAUUGGUAUAUAAUUAUACUAUUGUACUAUAUUAUACAACAAUUUUGAGAAAAAUGUCGGAUUCUAACGUCUCCAACUCAAAUUACGAAGACGAGAGUCGUAGUUUGACCAAAAACAUUCUUCAAUCACAAAUUGAAUGUCUGGACAGUACUACUGUAUUAACUGACAACUUUACACUUUUCGAUGUGCUAAACAAAUUUAAAGAUCAAGUAAGAGUUAUGGCUGCAAGGGUGAGUCAGUUAUAUCAAUGUAUGAACCUUGUUAAAAAUCCAGCUGAUCCAUCCACACACCAAGAAGUACUGAAAGUUAAAAAAAACAUAAUUAAUGGCAUUACUCUUUUAUUGAAAGAGACAAAACCUUUAAAUUAUCCUAAUUUCCAAUCUUUAAGUUCAGUAAAACUUUUAAAAACAUAUGAAAAAGUAUCUUCAGAAUGUAAACUACUUCUGAAUAACAUCAAACAAGAUAAUGAUAAUAUUAUCAAACAUACUGAUCGGUUCAACAAUUUAUCAAUAUUUAUGAAGGAUUUCCAGCAAGAAAUAGAAAAAAUUGAAGCUCAAAAUACUAUAAGUACAGAAAUAGAAAUUGAGGUUGCUCGAGAAUUUAAGGAAUGCAAAUCUGAUAUGUAUAUGCUGUUAUCACAAGUCGAUCCUUCAUCUACAUUGAAAGAAAUAUUAAGUUUACUAGUGGAAUGUAAUGAUGAAGAUGAAGAAGAUUGCUGGGUGGACAUUACUAAUAUGCCUCAUUUAGUCUUGCAGUGUCAUAAUCUGAAAAAACAGGGAUUUGUAUUACAAAAUGAACAAAAUAAAUUUCUUUUUAAAUUAAAUAUUUAAAUAAUAAUUGCAGUUUAGUUAACUACCAUAAACUAUUUGUUAACAUGUUGAAAAGUAAAGUUUCUUAUUUUUUUAUCUAAA